AUGGAAAAAUUAUACGUCUGUUGUAUAACGGUAUUGAUGAUUGGUCUUGUUACUGUUGCAGAUGGGCGAUCGUUGAACAAUAACGAUGAAUCUCAUUUCGAUUCACAAGUGCGACGCUUCUAUGCUGAUACUGAUCAAGUGGAACAAAACAAUCACAAUGUACGACGCUUCAAUAAUGAACAAGAUAGUGAUGAGGAUGAUGAUACUCUCGUCAAACGAUUGGAAUAUCUUCUACAGAAACAUUUAGAUCUUAGUGUUACAAGGAGAUCGACAGGCACUGUCAAAUGGUUCAAUGCAGAAAAGGGCUUUGGUUAUAUUACUCCUGAUGAUGGUAGUGAAGAUGUUAUAGCUCAUUUCUCAGCAAUCGCCAGCAGUGGAUACAGACCCUUGGAAGAAGGUCAGCAGGUUCAGUUCGACACAGCCCAAGGUGCGAAGGGUCUACAGGCAGAAAAUAUCCAGCCACUAUAG